AACUUCUCGUGAGAUCUGUCAUGGCGAUCAUCAGAUACUUCCGCCUUUUCUCAAAGAAAACAAUUUGUGGUUUUUGUGGAUUAUUUGCUGUCUUGAUGAUUCUAAUAAAGCUCAAAGAUUUUACAAACAAAGAAAUCAUGAUAGGUAAUCAUGAUCUACUCUCAAGAGGAACUGUCACGAUUGAAAAGAUCGCUAAAGUGAAAGAUGUCACAAAUCGCUCCACUUUAAGGGAGAUAACUCCGUCUGAAAACAAUAACAUUGUGAUAAUAUUGAAAAAUUCACAGGGCAAUCCUAAUUUACAAAAGAAAUUUGAAACCUUAAUUCAAUCAAUAUACAGGAAAUCUUCAAUUUCUCUUUAUUUUCACAUAAUUUGUGAUAGUGAUGGAAAAACAGUGGCAAACUCCACCAUCAGACGUUAUGCGUCAAAGGAAACAAAGAUUAUGUUUCAUGAUGUUUUUGAUGUGACCAGAAAGGUUAAAGAACAGAUAACUCAAAUGCAGACCUUCUUCAGUCCCAGUUCCAAGGGAUAUUAUGGAGACCCGCUGUUUUUCCUUUCAAUUGUGUUGCACAGAGUUAUUCCCCUUGACAGAGUUAUAAUGCUUGAUGUAGACCUGAAAUUUGAUGAGGACAUAAAAGAUCUGUUUGAAUUCUUCAGUGAAUUUUCAGAUGGAAAUAUCAUAGGUAUAGCCAGAGAAAAUCAACCAGUUUACAGACAUUUAUUUCAUCAGUACCGAGGGAAGAACCCCUCCACUAGGGUAGGGGCACCUCCUCCAAAUGGAUUAACAGGCUUCAACAGUGGUGUAUUACUAUUAAAUUUAGAAAAAAUGAGACAGUCUAAUGCAUAUAAUUCAUUGAUAGACUCACCCCAAACAUUGGAAAGGUUAACACAGAAAUAUCUAUUUAAAGGACAUCUUGGGGAUCAAGACUUUUACACUCUCGUUUCUCUGGAAGAUGAGUCACUGUUUUACAUUUUGCCAUGUGGGUGGAAUCGCCAGCUCUGUGUGUGGUGGAGGGACAAUGGAUAUUCCCAAGUUUUUGAUCAAUAUUACACUUGCUCUGAGAAAAUCAAAAUAUAUCAUGGGAACUGUAAUAGCAAAAUACCUACUUUAUCAUGGGAAAGUGAAACCCUUUAGUAAAACAGAGAGAGAGGGAGAGAGAGAGAGAGAGAGAAAGAGGCCCCAAGCCCCCCGACAUUCCCAGUUUUUAAUUCUUAGCGUACACUUCACUUUCAUUCUGGCUACGACCCUGUUCCCCUUGAUAUUUGGAAUUUUCUGAUAUCUAGAAGUCUAUUCCCCACUCCCCUCGAGCUUGAUGUUUUUUCAUUCCAGAUAAAGGAGAUGGGUGAACUUAGCGUGCAGAAAGCCCACUAGCUUCAGAUAUAUAAAAUUAUAUUCAAAUUGUGAAUUUAGUAUUUAGAGUAAAGUUCUCAUCAUUGAUUUUUAUGAAAUCAUGUUAAACAAAAAGUUUUGAGGAAAAUUUUUCAUUAAAAUUUAUUCUUUUAUUAGUAAAAAUAAUGUGAUAUCCAUUGGGUUCGAACCCUGGCAAUAAAAUUCCUGAGUUGCAUUCUCUAUUGAGACUAGCACGCUAACCACUACCCUACACAAGUCCUGAUAUAUUGUGGCAUUUAAAUCAUGUUUGUGAUAUGACUAUUGGCUUAAGGGACUUCAAGUAUUUCUCGAAAAGAUACGAAAGUUAUGUCAUAAAAUUAUAUUUUUAAGGUAUAGUGGGUCUUUGCUCCAUAAUUUUGGA